GAAUAUAUUAUCCCAUCAUAUAUACAUAAAUAAUCAGUAUAAUAAGUUUAUACAGAAUAGGUAUUCAGCUAUUGUAAGGUGGUCCCUUAUAAAUAUUUUUCUGUUAGGUUGUAAUUAAAACAGAGUAAAUAUUAUCUGACUGUGUGCGUAGCUUCCCAAACGCCGUACACCACCAUUGAUCCCCGAAACGCUGAUGUUUGCUUAUUAUUAUUAAGCUAAUUACUGAAUAUAUUAUCAGCUUGAUUGGUAUAAAUUCGCUGAGUUUAGUUGUGUUAGUUUCAGAAUAACAUUGGUAUCAUCUUCAAAAGAAAUGAAGGUGAUUCUGGUUUCAUUCUUGUUUAUCGGCGUGGCCUGGGGAAACCUCAGCUGUAGCUGUGGCUGGAGAAAUGCGGGCAGGAUAGUCGGAGGAAAGGAUGCCGGAAAGAACGAGUACCCAUGGAUCGUCGCCUUUCAGACCGUACAGAGCACCUGGACGUUUUGCGGAGGAGCUAUAGUCACACCUUGGCAUGUCGUAACCGCCGCGCACUGCUUCGAAGAUGUUGAGGCCAAAGACCUAGUUGUCGUGGUCGGAGCGCACGAUGUGAACAGCAAAUAUGAGUAUGCUUCAAGCCGCCACCGUGCCGAAAAGAUCAUAAUACAUCCACAAUACAAUAGUAAAACUACUGUCAACGACAUCGCCAUCGUCGUGACUUCCACCGAAAUCAAAUAUAACAAGUUCGUCGGCCCGGCUUGCAUGCCCAGCGGAGUGUUAGGAAACGAAAUGGUCGGUCAAAUGCUGAAGGCUAUUGGUUGGGGAAGAUACGACCCUGACAGACCCUACGCAGACAGGAUAAAGAAACUGAAAGAAGUCGAUCUAGAAAUUAUAUCUACUCAGGAAUGCAAAAAGCACUGGUCUGUUAACGCAGCCCAAAUCUGCACAUACACUCCGAGAAAGGACACAUGCAAGGGAGACUCUGGUGGUCCAUUGACCUGGUUGGACCCGGAGACUAACAGAUUCACUUUGGCAGCAGUCGUCUCAUACGGACCUAAGGAAUGUGGCAAUGUUGCUGUACCUGGUGUCAACACAAACGUUUCGGCCUACCUCAAGUGGAUCGACUAUCACAUUUCACAAACCAAGAGCCAAGCAAAGACCUGCCACAAAUAAUAAUUUGGAUUCAACUUACAAUUAGAAAUAAAUUAAUGAAAUUUCUAAGU